AUGGUAGUUGAGGGGGGGUGGUGUGUGUGUGAGAUGGGAGGGGUUGGUGGGUGGGGGUGGGGGAGGGGGGGGGAGGGGGGUGGAAUGAGAAUGGGAAGGGAGGGGGGGGUUUUGGUGGGGAUGGGGGAGAAUAAGGGGGGAGGAUGUGUGGGGGGGGGAUGGAGGGUGGGGGGUGGGAAAGAGUGUCGGAUGAUGAAGUCCGGUGAAGUAUGGGAAGAUGUCGACGCCUCUGAGCCGGAGUUCUCCCAGAACAGACCAGUCGCUGAGGAGCAAGUCCCCGGCCUCAGGUACCACACCGGACACUCGGCCUUUGGCUGA